AGUAUCAAUCCAUCUUUCAAUAAAAUAAAUCAAAAGCAAAACCAGCAGCCUCCACGUACUGCCGCUGUUCUAUUUUUAAUGGAAAAUGAGGAAGAAGAAGAAUCCAAAACACAAAUUCACCCAUCACCCUCUGUAGAAUACAUACAUAGCCCCCUCUCUUACCACUCUAAAUUUACCUGGCUAGCUAUAACUUAAUUUUGCCCAUGAGCAGCAAAGAAUAUGUGUGGUCACAGACUCACAGAGGCCGGCCCCAAAACAAAACUCACAUCAGCACCCCCCAUCACCACAGCUAACACUUUCCUCAGCUGCAACAACUGCCUUGUGUCUUCUCCAACUUUGCCUCUCCCACCAUCUGUAGUCCAAGCCAAGGUCUCCCUCUGAAAUCGAAGAGACACGAAGCAAAUAAAAAACCCACUGCCCGCUCAUGGCAUGAGCUCUCCCGUUUUUAUUUAUAGUCUCCUUCGGAACUAAUUAACCAUUACCCCCAGAGCCUCCCCGCCAAACACCCCCUGCUCUGCAAUUCCCUGGAAUUCAUAUCCCGGAGAAUUGACAGAGAGCUAGCAAGAUCUAGCUAGUUAGAGAGAUUCCAAAAUGGCGGUUUCCACGUGCGUCGUCUACACAGUUCAGUCCCUCAACUCCUCCACAUGCUCGUCAUUCUCCAAACCCGCCGGGAAAAACCACCUGCAGGGGUUUCACCAAAAGCAGGUGGUUUUGUACAGCGGCGGCGGGGGGAGGAAGAGCGGCGAGAUAAGGUGUUCGGUGGGGGGAGGGGGGGAGACGCAGACGGUGGUGAUAGGGCUGGCGGCGGACUCGGGGUGCGGGAAGAGCACGUUCAUGAGGAGGCUCACGAGCGUGUUCGGUGGGGCGGCGGAGCCACCCAAGGGCGGGAAUCCGGACUCCAACACCCUCAUCAGCGACGCCACGACCGUGAUCUGUUUGGACGAUUACCACUCGCUGGACAGGACGGGGAGGAAGGAGAAGGGGGUGACGGCGCUUGACCCCAGAGCCAAUAACUUUGAUCUCAUGUAUGACCAAGUGAAGGCUCUCAAGAACGGAGUAGCGGUGGAGAAGCCUAUUUACAACCAUGUGAGUGGGCUCUUGGACCCUCCCGAGCUCAUCAAGCCUCCCAAAAUCCUUGUCAUUGAAGGCUUGCACCCAAUGUAUGAUCAACGGGUGAGGGAUCUCUUGGACUUCAGCAUUUACUUAGACAUCAGCAAUGAAGUCAAGUUUGCUUGGAAAAUUCAGAGGGACAUGGCGGAGAGGGGACACAGUCUUGAGAGCAUCAAAGCAAGCAUUGAAGCACGAAAGCCAGAUUUCGAUGCCUACAUUGAUCCACAAAAGCAAUACGCGGAUGCAGUGAUUGAAGUGUUGCCUACCCAACUCAUACCAGAUGAUGAUGAGGGGAAGGUUCUAAGAGUUCGGUUGAUAAUGAAAGAAGGGGUGAAGCGUUUCAGCCCAGUUUACCUGUUCGAUGAAGGCUCCACCAUCUCCUGGAUACCCUGUGGGCGAAAGCUCACCUGCUCUUACCCCGGUAUCAAAUUCUUCUAUGGCCCCGACGCCUACUUCAGUCACGAGGUAUCUGUGUUGGAGAUGGAUGGACAAUUUGACAGAUUAGAUGAACUGAUUUAUGUGGAAAGUCAUCUGAGCAACAUCUCUACCAAGUUCUAUGGCGAAGUCACUCAGCAAAUGUUGAAGCAUGCAGAUUUCCCAGGCAGCAACAACGGAACGGGUCUCUUCCAAACAAUUGUCGGAUUGAAGAUCAGAGACCUGUACGAACAAAUCAUUGCCUCCAAGGCAGCUGCUCCGCUAGAAGCCACAAAAGCCUAGAUGCCCCCACUACAAACUACCGCCCCUGUCAAAUAUUUAACGGAUCUACUCCUAAAAUUCUACUCAUUCUCAUUCUCAUGUUUCGGUUUAUAAUUUGAGGCUAUAUUCAUAAGAAAUAUAUAUAUAUAUAUAUAUAUAUAUAUAUAAAUGUAUUUAUCUCGUCUGUUGGAAAUCUGAUGUGGAGAUCUGUAACACAAGCCAAAAAAAAAAAUGAUGGAAAUGCAGUUUUUCAGAAGGUUUUACAACAUUGAAA